UAAGUGGCAUGGUGGAAAUAGUAAAGUGUAGAAACACAACUUAAAAAAUUUGCUGAUGUGAGGCACAGAGUAGGGAUUGGUCUUCUCCAGACAGUAGGCUGAUUGUUGUCCCCACCCUGUGGAGUUGAUACUGAGUUUGAAGCCUUUACCUGUCGAAGGCUAGUUGCAGCCUGUACACCUGCGCUAUUGUGAGGUCGAUUUGUUGUACAAAUAGACUGGCGCAUAGACUUGCACCUCCAGCCCUUGUCAGUAAUACAGUGAAACAAUGUUUUCUCUUGAAGUAGAAGGAUGACUUCACAUGGUAAGAAAAUAUUUGUAACCCGGGUUUAAUUUGUACUAGCAGAAGUAAAAAGAAAAUGAAUAUUAGAGUUGUUAAAGAGAUGGCUGUUAAAAAAGCUGAGCUUAGCAUACCAUGGUUUUUGUCUUUCUCAACCAAGUAUGAGUUGUUUUACCACGUUGGUGAAGUUGAUGGUUUUUGUAAGGUUAGUAGCUUUAAAAAGUUUCUUCCUAUUUAGCAAUUGGUUUUCAAAAUCAUUGGCAAUUUAAUUUUAAAUAUGUCAACAAGUAAGGAUUUUCUAAAGAUAAUUGCUGAAGUGAGCAUGUAGGUAUUUUCCUCAUACAGUGUGCUGUGCUUGGGGGUGGGGGUGGGGUAGAUCUCCUUAUUUCUGUGCAGUGUUUUAUUGCUGGGGAGAAGUCCAUUUUGCUCUUACUUGUUUUCAGAGCAGCAUUUAAGACCAGUGAUCACAAACAGUGAUCUCACUAGUCUGAAUAGAACUGUAAAUUUUUUUCCUAUUUUUUCCAAGUGCUUUUUUUUUUUGUUGUUGUUCUUCUUCUUGGUUUCCUUUAAAUUAGCUACUCUGAAGAUGACUGCAGGUUUCUUCUCUGUCUUUCUUUUCUAAGUUCUGAGAGCAAGAAUUAAAGCAUCACUCUGCUACUAAUUUCGUUUUGCCUAAAAUGGACUUCGCUUUUCUUAGCAUAAUAAAUCUUUAAUGCUUUAGUAGUACUUAUUUAUCAAGAUUUAGAAAGGCUAUAUGCUGACUUUCAUAUUUACAACAUUUGAUUUUUCAGUCAUGUUUUUGCUACUUUGUUUUCUUGUUACUUUGUUAGUGGAUCUGUACUGAUACAUGAGAUCUGUGUAUUUGUAGGGAUGGAUUUUGUAUGGACCUAAACUUUUUUCCUCCCUGUAGAGAUUUCUCUAUUUUCUGGGUUCCUGGUGUCAUGUGAGUUGAUACGUAUGAAAAUUGUGCAUUUCCAUGUCUGUGUGUCUUCUCUUCUGCCUUGGACUGAGUCUUAUUUACAUUUACCCUAGUGCCUUUGCAGUGUUGAGAUGUUUAAUAAGAUUCAAGAAUACCAUUGAAUGAAUGAAUGAAUGAAUGAAUGGUGAGUGAAGAACAGAAUGGCUUUGUGGGUAAUAGACAAAAUGUUUCCCUUAGUUCUGUUUGCAUAGCCAUUAUUUAAGAAACUCCGUUGCUUUUCCAUUGUUAUACAUUACUUUUGAGUACAAUAAGAAUAUAGGUGCCAUGUUAGGACAGUAUAAAUAACAUGACAUUACAUGACAUUGGCUAUGAAUUGAGACAUACUUUUGAAGCACUUUCUUCGUUACCUGUGAUAGUGCAUAUCACAUUGCCUGGGAAACUGGAAACACUUGGUAAUGUCUGCCAACUUUUCUAUUUGUAGAGGUUCCUUUGCACGUCGUUGGUGGGCGUGUUUUGCGUGUAGUUGUUGGGUGUGUUUUGCUUAGUCACAGGUGGCUUCCCUGCCCUCUGUGGACAGGAUGCUGGGGGCAGCUCUUGGUCUUGCUUAAGUUUUCCUGCUCUCAUUGUUUACAGGACUCAGUCAUUGUUUCUACUCCUUAGAGCUGGAAACAUUUGUAACCUAUAGAAGGGAUUCUGUUUAUUUCAGUGUGAGUCUCCAUGUAACAUUGACUCCAUCUUCUAACAGUUUCAAAGGAGGCUUUCUUGUGGAUCACUGAGGAAACAAUAUCCAUUGGUAUCUUUCCCAGGCUUCAUGCCAGGAUAAAGCCACCAUUAAUUACAAAGGUUUAGAGAUUUUUGAGGUCUUCUGAAAGUGGGUCAUUUUAUUUGAAAGCAUCAGAAAAAAUUAUUAUGCCUGUGCUCCCUUGGGACUCCUUGGAACUUGUACAGUGACAUCUUCUGAGAUUUUGUCUGGAGUGUGCAGACUGGUGCCUAAAAUGGAAGUGGAUAUAAAUGGAGAGUCCAGAAGUACUCUGGCCACGCUGCCUUUGCCUGUGGCCGAGGGGAGUUCCCCGGGCAAAGCAGAGGCCGAGAAGCCCCGCUGUUCCAGCACGCCCUGCUCCCCCAUGCGCCGGACUGUGUCGGGCUACCAGAUCCUACACAUGGACUCUAACUACCUGGUUGGCUUCACAACUGGCGAGGAACUCCUGAAGUUAGCCCAGAAGUGCACCGGAGAAGAGAGUAAGGGGGAAGCCAUGCCUUCCUUGCGCUCCAAACAGCUGGAUGCAGGACUUGCACGUUCCUCUCGUUUGUAUAAAACCAGAAGUAGAUACUAUCAGCCAUACGAGAUUCCAGCUGUGAAUGGCAGGAGGCGAAGACGGAUGCCCAGCUCAGGAGACAAGUGCACUAAGUCCUUACCUUAUGAACCUUAUAAGGCCCUCCACGGGCCGCUGCCUCUUUGUCUUCUUAAAGGUAAGAGGGCUCACUCCAAAUCUCUGGACUACCUCAAUCUAGAUAAAAUGAACAUCAAGGAGCCAGCUGACACAGAAGUGCUACAGUACCAACUUCAACACCUAACCCUCCGAGGGGACCGAGUGUUUGCCAGAAAUAAUACAUGAAUGGCUUGCCCAGGGGUGAAACCACUUUAGGUUAGCCUGUCCUUGGCUAGAGAAAAAUCUACUGCUGUACUCUGUACAUGACUCUUCACAUUCUAGAUGGUUAUUACAGCUAAGUGUUCUUGGAACAUAAAAAUUGUUUGGAUCAAAUUCUGAAUACAGGAAUGAAAUCACAAGUACUUAGGACGGGGGCAGGGGGGGGAUAUCAUUCUAGAGCACGCAACUGCAAAGGAAACAGAACGUGGACCAUUAGUUUGUAUAGCUAUUUAGCUAGGAGAAAAAGAUUUGGUACAGUAAUUUCAUCUUUAUGAUUCUGAUACUCAAAUUGAGAAUGUUAUCUGUUUGGUUGUUGCUGACUUGGUAUGAUUCAUUAGAAAUUUAUAUCUCAAGUACUCAAGUACUUCUCGAAUCUCUGUAUUUUACUAUAAAAUGUAUGUAAUGAUUUGUUCUUUUGAAAUUUAGAACUUGAACAUUGCUGAAUUGGACCACUUUUUAUUUUUAAAUAUUGAGUUAAAAUAUUUUAUAACUGGUUUUGCACUGAAGAAAAAAAACCCUAACAUUUCAGAUUAAGAGAGUAAUCUUUCCUCAGUUGCCUCAAUAAUAGUAUUGAGCAAUGAAGUUUUUUAUUUCCGCAUGGAAAGUUAUUGAUCUCUAUGGCUGUAAAAUAUUUCUUUAUAGCGUUAUUAAAGUGUGUCUUAAUGAAAUUAAAUUUGGGAUACAAAGUAUUUAUUUUACAAUGGGGGUGUGUGUGGGAGGAAGCUUUUCCAGAAAGUUUCCAAUAUGAAGUUUUCAUAAAUUGAAAAUGUUUCCUUAGCGCUUAUUUUCUAAUUUAAAAUUCAUCUGGAACUUUAAAAUGGAAAGAAUUCUUUUAACUCUGGAUUAUAGGCAUAAUACUGUUUGCAUCUGAAUUUUCUGUAAGUGAAUGGAACUUUAGUAGAGGAUCUCAUGAUUUUUACUAUUGAAUGUUUAACUCAGUAGGAAGUACUACCAUGUGUAUGGUAUUGGGUCACUCCAGUUUAGUUCCGUGCAUCACAGUACUCUUUGAAAUUCCAGCUUCUAGGAUUAGUGUAGGAGCCUAACGGGCUUCUGCAGUUUUAAUAGGUUAAUCCUGGAUUACUUAACAGUUUAUGUCAAUUGCACUGGUUUAAUUUGUUACUAAAGAAAUAAUGUCCUGGCUUUAGUAACAAACACAGCUCAGCUAUUCUGGAAUAUAUUUUGGGAAAAAAAAUGUGUGUAACUUACCUUUUGUAAACAUUUUGAUUUCUGUUUUUUUCUUUUCCUUACUCUUAAAGGUGCAAUUUAUUACUGAGCUGGCAUUCCUGGAAACAUACAACUGCACAUUUUAUAUUUUCUUUUAGGGACUGUGAGUUUCUUAGGGGUUACUAAUCUUGCUUAUAAAAUAAGAACACCACUUCAUUAAUGACUGAGUCAUUCCUGGUAACAAUUGUGAUUUCCCUUUAGCCAGAACGAAUGGCAAACUUUAUUUAGAGCAGUAAGUAUUAGAAAACCCUAGGAACUCGUUAUGUUUAUUAUACUUUCACGAAGGUAAGCUGUGGAGAAGCCUUGGGGAGUCUGGCCCUUGUCUUACUGAGUUGAUCUUGGUGGGCUGGAAAUUUUCAGCUGUUGUACAUUUUAAAGUAAAUUGCACCUUUGUAACAUAUUGUAUUGAUGAAUGAUCAGUAAGAUGAACUAUAUCUUCUAUACAGUCAUUAGUUUGACAAGAAAUAGAAUCCUGUCAGAUGCCAAAGAGUUGGGAUUUUUACGUUUAAUGAUGGAACACCGUUAUUUAUUGCUGAUUUACCCUGUGGAACUGUAUUAUUUCUAACUACGAAAUAAAAGGGUGAUGUAAA